AUGGCGACGCCCGUACGACUGCAGAAAAGUGUGGACAAAAUCAGGCAAACUUUUAGCUACUGUGAUCUUUGUCGACACAGCCAUGAACAAGGAAAACGGCACGCGUUCUCUAGAAGACACAAGGAUAAAGUGAAGGCAGUUCUGAGUAAAUUUAGUGUCAAGGUGAAGGCUGCCAAGCAGGAUAUGAAGACACCUUGUAUACUCCAAGGCAACUAUGAGCCUCAGACCAACUAUUGGUGCUAUAUGUGUGCGUCGGAGGUACCCAAACACAUCACUGAUAGAGAAGUGACUGUGAGGCAUGCUGGCUUUAUUGAACACCUCAUGAGUUGUGAGCAUGCUCAGAAGGUGGAUCGUUUCUGGCGGAUGAAUCGUAUCGAGACUGCCCUUCAGCAAAAGUUCAUCUUCAGUCAAGACUCCAAGGAGUUGUUUAAGAAGGCAGUGGAGGAAGCGUUAGCGAAGCAUGAGGAACAGCAGGAUCGUCUUUUAUCCCAGACUGCUGCCAAGAUACGCAAAGUGGAGUCAACUCGCUUACAGAUUGUAGAAUCGUCAGGCAAUUCUACCUCCAUGUUUGGCUCUGAAUCCAGUGAGACCUUUCCUGCAACAACAAGAGUCUCAGGGAAUCACCCUGUGUUUCCCCCUGGAAUUAGAAGAGCUGGUGAGACGAGUGGGGCUGGUGAACUUCCAGGAAGAGAUUUGAAGCCAGGAUGUUCUUCUUGGUCCAGCCAUCAAGCAAACCAUGUGCAUGAAGUUAAACCCAGUUAUAACCAGAAGGAACCAGUCGGUUCCAGUUCAAACCAGUUCCGAGAUAAAUAUAAAGCACAAUCUGCUGCGCCACCUGCUAAGCCUGGCAUCCUGAGCAAAGUGAAGACAAUCGGUGUCAUAUCAUCAGGAGGUUUAACUACAGUCAAUAUAAAGGAUUCAGGAUUCACUGGGAAUAUUCAUUCUGGAACUACGCCGCCAUGGUUACGAGACCAAGAUGAAGAUGAAGAUGGGAGACGGGGGAUGGGUCCGUCUGAAGAGGAAUUUAAGCAGCAUUUGGAAAGACAGCGGAGAUCCAAACUGAAUCCCAACCGUGUGGGAGCCAACUUUGACCACAGCUCUCCCGCUAGUGAGGCUUGGCUGCCAUCAUUUGGACGAGUCUGGAACUCGGGAAGAAGGCUACAAUCAAAAUAUCAAUUCAACAAAGAGAGGAAUAAAUCCCAAAAGAGAAAAAAUGGCGCUCCAUCAACUGCAACUGAGCCGGACUAAAACUUACGUCUCUCUUCCGUUUUUAAAGAAAAAAAUUACUACUGUUUGUAAAAAUUUGAAUGAUUUUUGCAAGUGAAAAUGUAUCAUGGUCAGGGACCUUUCAGUCAAAAUAUAUUUUUUCAAUAUGCAAGUAAAGUGUACAUGUGAAGUGAGGUCCAGAUACCAGACAAUAUGAGAAUUCUUCAGAAGGCAAUCGACAUGAACUGGUUGAAACAUGGUCUUGGUUAAAGGACGAUUGAUUAGACUGGUCCCCUGUCUUUAUCCGCAAGGUAUAGACCGUACGGAAACACCCCUUUUUUGCUAUGAGAGACGCCAUCUUGUAGGGCAAACCGUAUGUGCAACUAAAUGCGUACAUCAAAGAAACACGCAGCACGCAGCGUUUCCGGUUUGAUUUUUACGGCACAAGCAAGCAUGCACACGAUCGAAGACGCCAUCUUGUAGGGCAGAUGUUUGAACGUUGACGUCAUAUUCAAUACGGUCUGAUGGUUUUACAGAACCAG